AUGGCCACGACUCACACCCCACUUCUCACGGACGAAACCUCCCUCCUCUCGUCGAUCUCGUCCAAAUCCUUCUCUUCCCUCGCCCGCAAGGUGCAAUCACAACAGCACGAUGUUACCAGAUAUAUCUCAUUUGCCUCCGCCAUCCUCUCUUGCCUUUGUGCAGGCUCGAUUACAACAUAUUCCCUCUACGGGCAUCUCUUCCAGGAACGACUACGCUAUACACAACUUCAAGUCAAUUAUGUUAUAAUUGGUGCAGAACUAGCUCUCUAUCUCCCUGUAUCAUUAUUUGGAUAUCUAUGCGAUCGAUUGGGACCGGCUCCGUUGUCAUUUGCUUCUGCCAUUCUGUUUGCAAUUGGAUAUCUGCUUGCGGCGUUUACAUAUAGAAGUGGGGCUAAGGAUAUUUAUGGGUACACUCAUGAGAGGGGUUGGCCGUUAUCUGUCAUGGUUACGGCCUUUGUUAUCAUUGGGAUGGCGACUACGUUAAUGUAUCUCUCCGCCAUUACAACGUGUGCCAAGAAUUUUGGACGGGGCAAACACAAGGGAUUAGCACUAGCAAGCCCCAUUGCGGCCUUCGGGUUGAGUGGCUUGUGGCAGAGCCAGCUUGGGGAGAGGGUCCUUUAUGAACGCAGGCCUGGCGGAAAAAGGGGCGACGUGGAUGUAUUCAAGUUCUUUCUAUUUCUAGCAUUUACACUGCUGGCAGUGGGCUUGCUUGGAACAGUCCUGUUGAAAAUAGUAGACGAAGAAGAACUCAUCGAUGAGGCUGUGGACGAGCUUGAGAGGAGCGGGUUGCUAGAAGAUAGUGCUUUCUUCCGAAGAAAUAGCGGACAAAAUGGUUAUGGGUCCUUUGAAGACGGCUCUGAUGAGGAAGCAGCUGAAGCUCGACGGAUAGAGGAGGCGAAAGCUCGUGAUGAGGAAGAGUCUCGCAAGAAGACUUGGUUAUUGAACGAAGAAACCCGCAGAUUCCUCAAAGAUCACACUAUGUGGUGGCUGGCUGCGGGUUUCUUCUUCGUUUCAGGCAAGGCUUUCAUCACUAACCUGGGGACGAUAAUUGGGACAUUAUAUCCUUCAGUUACCGGUCCUUCCAUUAUACCAACGACGGCGGCCACCCACGUUUCAAUAGUAGCAAUUACAUCAACAAUUGCCCGAAUCCUGUUCGGAACCUUGACCGACCUCUUGGCUCCGCCUACGGUCGGCCAUCACUAUCAGUCUGCUAGCAACUCACUUUCUUCCCUGCCACCAAGAGGCAGAUUCGCAAUUUCAAGAAUCACUUUCUUACUCGGAUCAGCACUACUGCUAUCUCUUGGUCAGGUUUUGUUAGCUUCAGGCGUGAUCCAAAACCACGCCGAGCGAUUCUGGGUAGUCUCGACAUUGAUUGGAUCUGGAUAUGGGGCAUUGUUCAGCCUGACACCUCUUAUAAUUAGCGUGAUCUGGGGCGUGGAGAACUUCGGUACCAACUGGGGUAUCGUGGCAAUGGUUCCAGCUCUAGGUGCUACGGUCUGGGGCGUCGUUUACUCGAACGUCUAUCAAUGGGCCGCAGAGAAAGCUUCGUAUCAUAGAGAUAUGGAGGAUGACGUGUUGUGCUAUGGGAAGCAAUGCUAUUCUACUACAUUUUGGGCUAUGGCCGUUUCCGUCUGGAUUGGAUGUGCUCUUUGGGUCUUUGCAUGGAAAGGAAGAGAUGGCUGGAGUCGUAGGGGUAUUGCUGUGUAA